GAAACCAAAACAAUUCUAGGUUAAAGAUUUAUGUCAAGUGUUCAAAAUUUUAGUUAACUUAAUUUGUAAAGUAAAAAUGCUCUCGACACUAUCUUCAAACAUAUUCAAAGGCCUACGCGGCGCUGCAGUUGGGGGAACCUCUCUGGAACGUCUCUCCGAAGUAAUCGGUCGUAGCAUUUCUGCAAGAUCCGGUUCGAUACCACCUUCCGGAACUUACACAUACCGCCUGAACUUGGACCCCUUCCCACUGGAUAAGGUGGACGUCCAGGUGGUAAACGACGAGAUCGUGGUCCAAGGCAAGAUAGAGCAGAAGUCAGGACGAGACAGUUGGACCCACCAGUUCGAUCUGAGACACAAGAUGCCUUCCGAAGUGGACAACCUGAGUGUUGAAUCGAAAAUUGAAAAUGGACAACUUGUGGUGACCGCCAAGCUGAAAGACGUGGUGUAAUGGGGAAAUAAAUGUGUCGAGAACAAAA